AUGACGAAAAGAAAUAAUAAAUCGCUUUCCAAAAAUAAGGUAUAUAUCCUGGCCGUUUCCGGUGGUUCCGAUAGCAUGUUUUUGUUAGAAAAGUUGCGCGGUGAGGGAUAUAAGUCAGUGGUCGCUCAUGUCAAUUAUAAAAAAAGGGAAAAUAGCGAUUAUGAUGAAGAAUUAGUGAAAGAUUAUUGCCAAAAAUAUUCUUUAUCUUGUGAAAUUUAUCAAGUAAAAGGCUCUGAGUAUAGUUCAGUUAAUAAUUUUCAAAGUAGAGCCCGCCAAAUUCGCUAUGAUUUUUUCCAAAAAAUAGCCGAUAAGUAUCAGACUAAAUAUAUAGUGGUAGCUCACCAUUUAGAUGACCAUUUAGAAACUUAUUUAUUCCAAAAACAACGAAAAUCAUUACAGAUUUGCCAAUAUUUAACUAAAAAUAAAAUAGAUUAUGCGGUUGAUUUUACUAACCAAUUACCAAUUUAUCAGCGCAAUAUUAUUCGGCAGAAAUUAGAUAAUUUAAGUAAAGAAGAAAAAAAAAACCUUGAAAAAGAAGUUAAGGAAGAAAACAGAGAAUUGAGAAAAACCAAAAAACUAGUUAAAACUAUUACCAAAAAACUAGUUAUUUCUCCUUCUAUGCUUGAACUUGAUAGAGAGGUUAAAUACUUACCAGAGCGAGGAGCAAAGGUUCCAAAAGGGGUACUGUUAGUUGGACCACCCGGUAAUGGUAAAACUCUAUUAGCUAAGGCAUUGGCUGGAGAAUGCCAUCUGCCUUUUUUAUUCCGUUCUGGUUCCGAAUUUGAGGAAGCAGUAGUUGGGAUGGGAGCUCGCCGCAUGCGAGAACUUUUUCAUCAGGCUCGUAGUUAUCCCCAGGGCUGUAUUGUUUUUAUUGAUGAAAUUGAUGCGAUUGGUCGCAAAAGAUACUCCACUACUAGUGUUAGCCAUGCAGAGCAAACUUUAAACCAGUUGUUGAAUGAGUUGGAUGGCUUUCAUCCUCGGGACAAUAUUGUCAUCUUAGCAGCCACCAAUUCUUUAAGAGUUUUAGAUAGUGCUCUUUUAAGACCAGGUCGGUUUGACCGUCAAAUUUUUAUUCCUCUCCCUAAUUUGAAAGGACGACGGGAGAUUAUUAGACUUUGUGUUAGAAAGUUAGCAAUUAAAUCCGAUGUUGAUUUAGAGGAAAUUGCUGCCAUGACUAAGGGAUUGAGUGGGGCUCAAAUCGCUAACAUAUUUAAUGAAGCCUCUAUUUUGAGUAUUCGCCAUAAUAAAAGAUUUAUUGAUUAUGAAAUGAUUUUUGAGGCUUAUGAUCGAACCUUAAUGGGUCCUUCCUUGACAAGUCAAACCCUAACCCCCGCCAAAAAAAAAAUAGUGGCCUACCAUGAGGCUGGGCAUGCGGUGAUUGGCAUGAUUGAUUUAUAUGGCGAAAGUGAUGACGACUACUUAAUUAAUAAAAGUCAAAUGCUGGCUCAGGUUAUGUCUUCGUUGGGAGGUCGAGCCAGUGAAGAAUUAGUUUUUGGUCUAGAAUAUAUUACUGUGGGGGCUUACAGUGAUUUCAAGCGAGCCUCUGAAAUUGUUCGUAGUUUAAUUUUUCGUUAUGGAAUGUCAGAUUUAGGAAUUGUUCCUACCCAAGAGUCUUUUUUUUCUGGUGAAGAGAUACCGCUCGAAUUACCCGAAACUGCCAAGCAAAAAAUUGAGAAAGAGCGGGAAAAAAUAAUGAACCAGUCCAAGUUAGAGAUAAUAAGCACUUCAAUUUUUUAUGUUUUAUCCCAAAUUAUUUGGACUCAACUGUUUGGACUACUUAAAUUGAGAGAAUUUGUUUUCAAUCGCUUUAAUCCUAGUAGUUGGCAAGGGUUGAGUGCUAGUAGUCAAUUGUCUUUUACCCUUCCUUAUUAUAUAGUUAUCGCUAUUGUUGCGGCUAUUAUUCACACUUAUGGGUAUAGUUUAAUUUUCCAAGCUCAAGCUACUCCGGGCGGUUUAGAAAUUUUUACUUCUCAUUUUUCUUCUCGCGAAGGGAAAAAGAAAAUUUCAAUUAGUUCACUGAUGAAAAUAUUCGGACUAGUUAUUAUCUUUGCAGUUACUCUCUUUAAUUUUACCAUGGUAGAAGGUGAUGCCAAAAUGAGAAAAAGUCUGCUGUUAAAGGAAAUUAAAGAGCAAAAAGAAAAAUUAAGCGAAAAAGGACUUAAAAUAGAAGAGAAACAAAACAUUCAAAGAAUUUUUGCAAUUAGGGAAAAAAAUCGUUCGCUUACUAUUCUUUUCAGAAACAAAACUGGGUUCCAGCAAUUAGAAGACUAUCCUCAGGAAAUAUAUUACUAUUUAGCACCAGACGAGGAAAGGGGGGCAAAAUUAGAAGCAGAGAAAGAAAAAAUUGAGAAAAAAAUAGGCAAGGCUGAAGGAGAAAAAUUAGCCAAAAAACUCCGCCGUAAGAAUGAUUUAGAGAACAGAAUUAAUGAACUCAAAAAGGAGCAGCAAAGAAGUAUCUUCCCGAAGUAUUUAAGUUAUAUUACUAAUAAUGAACGACUGUGA